AAUGUUUUGCGUAGAUUAUGGCGAUCGUGUGCAGCAUCUCUCCCCUAAUGGCGUCUGUGAGUGCUGCUCGAUUCGUCUCUGGGAGUUCUUACCUUGGCUCUGCGGGAGCAACUGGGUCAGAUUCCAAAACAGUAUUGACCCACAAUGACCUGAAAAACCAACCAAUGACACACUGUGGCUUGAGGUCCUUGAACAAAUUGGAUAAGCUGCAGAUUAGGACUAACGUAAGGGCAGCUAGCAGACAAUCAAGAAGAAAGGCAUUAAAGACUGAGGUUGCGAGCCCCUCAGGAGUUAUUAAAUGUGGAACUGGGAUGAAUUUAAUUUUUGUAGGUGCAGAAGUUGGUCCGUGGAGCAAAACUGGUGGACUUGGUGAUGUUCUUGGAGGACUUCCGCCAGCUAUGGCCGCAAUUGGUCAUCGAGUCAUGACUGUAUGCCCUCGCUACGAUCAGUAUAAAGAUGCUUGGGAUACAGAGGUGCCGGCCAAGAUUAAAGUCGGUGAUAGAAUGGAAACCGUUCGCUUCUACCACUGCUAUAAAAGAGGAGUUGAUCGUGUCUUUGUAGAUCACCCCAUGUUCCUCGAAAAAGUAUGGGGGAAAACUGGAUCCAAGAUUUAUGGUCCCCAGGCUGGAAAGGACUAUGUCGAUAACCAACUUAGAUUCAGCUUGCUAUGCCAGGCAGCUCUGGAAGCACCUCGAGUUUUAAACUUGAACCUCAGCAAGUACUUCUCAGGACCAUAUGGGGAGGAUGUUGUUUUUAUCGCUAAUGAUUGGCACACUGCUCUUGUCCCCUGCUACUUAAAAUCAAUGUACAAGCCUAGAGGAAUCUACAAAAAUGCAAAGGUUGCUUUCUGUAUCCACAACAUCGCAUACCAGGGCAGAUUCGCAUAUGCAGACUUCUCAUUGUUGAACCUUCCGGACCGGUUCAGGGCAUCCUUCGAUUUCAUUGACGGCUACGACAAGCCCGUGAAGGGCAGGAAGAUUAAUUGGAUGAAGGCUGGAAUACUAGAAUCGGACAGGGUUGUAACAGUGAGUCCAUACUAUGCAGAGGAACUCGUCUCUGGCAUAGAAAAAGGUGUAGAAUUGGAUAAUAUCUGCAGAAUGACCGGCGUCACUGGUAUUGUCAAUGGCAUGGAUGUCCAAGAGUGGAAUCCAUUGUCGGACAAGUACAUUGACGUCAAAUACGACGCUACAAAUGUGAUGCAAGCGAAGCCCCUACUGAAGGAAGCACUGCAAGCUCAUGUUGGAUUGCCAAUUGAUAGAAAUAUCCCUGUAAUAGGCUUCAUUGGCCGGCUUGAAGAGCAGAAAGGUUCCGAUAUUCUCGCGCAAGCAAUUCCUCAGUUCAUCGGCGAAGAUGUCCAGAUAAUUGUCCUAGGCACUGGGAAGAAACACAUGGAGAAACAACUUGCAGAGCUCGAGAUCAAGUACCCUAACAACGCCAGGGGAGUCGCGAAAUUCAGUGUUCCCCUUGCUCAUAUGAUCACAGCUGGUGCCGACUUUAUGUUGGUACCAAGUAGAUUUGAGCCAUGCGGUCUCAUUCAGCUGCACGCCAUGAGAUAUGGAACGGUACCAAUCGUGGCAUCCACCGGUGGCCUUGUCAACACGGUAGUAGAAGGUUAUACCGGAUUCCAAAUGGGCGCCUUCAAUGUUGAGUGCGAAACUGUUGAUCCUGCUGAUGUAGCAGCGAUAGCAAAGACCGUCAAAAGGGCACUAGCAACUUACGGCACCCCUGCUUUGAAGGAGAUGAUUGGAAACUGCAUGGCUCAAGAUCUCUCCUGGAAGGGACCGGCAAAGAACUGGGAGAAACUGCUGUUGAGUCUCGAGGUCGCGAGCAGCGAACCUGGAGUCGACGGGGAGGAGAUUGCUCCUCUGGCGAAAGAGAAUGUGGCCACUCCUUAAGCUUGGUCAGCUUCCAAUACCUGCUAUUCAGUAUGUUCCAAUGAACUAACCAACUACCCUAACGGCUGACUACAAGAAACAAAACAGUUUCCCUCAUCAAAAAGAAAAAAAAAAACCCUAAUGGCGAUCUUACAUAAAAGCCCUCUUUUGUCCCUUAUUCUUUUGGUGCAAAUAUAAAAGCUUAUCAUUGACUGUUACUGCAUAACGUCACAAUGUCAAGCUUGCUGUUGCCGACCAGCACUCAAAGAAGGUGAUGGAUGUUGCCCUAUCGAAUGUCGAAAUUAGCUAUGUUCAGAGGGCAAUGAGAAUGGAAGGGCCUAGACAAAUCUAUGUUCAAUCUGUCAUGUGUUACAUAGAACGUUUCUCUGAAGUAGUUAUAUGUCGCAUUGAAGGUAUGCGACUGUGGAGAGAAUUGUACUUGUGACACAAAUGAUAGCAAUGUACCCCAUUUGCCACAGCGGAAAAAUGACCUUCGACUGUUUAUGAUCUACAA